AUUAUUCUAAAAGGAGAUUGCUUGUUUUAUAAUUCUAAAAAGGAGGGUUUGAUUGGCAUAAAAGACAUUCAAUACAUCCAUCAUAUGGGACAGCUGCUCACUAUCUAUUUCACUUCAAAUCAAACAAAGAAGUUUAAAAAGCUGGAACUUAUAGAUUUAUUUGGCUAUCAGUCUUUCAUUCUCUCCUUGCAGUCCCUUUUCAAUCAGAUACACUCAAACAACUCCUAUUUGGGCGCAAAACCGGAUAUUGACAAACCAGACGACUUCAAAUCUUUUCUAAUUUAUGACCAACAAGACUCUGUUGACAGCAGUACUCCUACUGAUAUAUCCGAUGAAAAUUUUCUUGAAUACCUUCACUCACCUGACAACUCAAUAUUAAAACCGGCAAGCCCUAAUCUGCAUCAUUCCAUACACGAUUAUUACAUAAGUGCAUCUCACAAUACUUACCUCUUUGGUAAUCAACUUUCAGGUGCAUCCUCCACAAUCGGCUAUAUCAGGUCCCUUUUAUUAGGAUGCCGAUCUGUUGAAAUCGACGUUUGGAAUGGGGACGAUGGAAAUCCCAUAGUUUACCAUGGUCAUACCCUCACUCAACCAAUCCCAUUUGUUGAGAUACUAACAACUGUCAAAAAUUUCGCCUUCGUUGCAUCGAACUUGCCAUUAAUUUUAUCUGUAGAGACACAUUGUGACGUCCAACAACAAGAUAAAAUGGCACAUUUGCUCAUCAACAUACUUGGUGAUUCUCUCAUAACUCAGAAACUUCAACACGACCCAAGCAGUUUACCAUCCCCGGAGCAAUUGCGGAAUAAAAUACUUUUCAAAACUAAAAAUAGACUUCUUAAUAAGGAGAAGUCAAUUUCAUAUGAUGAUUACUUCACCUCAUCGGAAAACUCCUCAAGCUCGGAUUUAGAGAAAAGGUCAUUCAGCAAUUUCAUUCAGAAAGUCACCAGACGUGCCAGUGCUUCAUCCGACAGGUCAUCAAAUAGCUCAGCAGGCUCACCACGUUUCGUUGAUAGCAUUGGUAAUAUACCAUCUAAUAACAGGAUGUCUCAAAAAUUACUAGAUCUACUGAUAUACACAGUAGGAGUAAAGUUUAGAGGCUUUAACAAAAAGGAACACUACAAUAUUGAACAUAUCUUCAGUCUUUCUGAUAGAUCUGCACGGAAAUGUAUAAAUACAAGUUCAGCUGAGUUCAUAAAGCAUAAUCGCAAUCAUCUUACAAGAAUAUACCCACAUGGUGCUAGAGUAAAGAGCACGAACUUCGAUGCUCUCGACUAUUGGGCUGUUGGAUGUCAACUAAUUGCGCUCAACUACCAGACCGUUGAUUUGGCGAUGUGGUUCAAUUUUGCAAUGUUUAAUGGCAAUCAAGGGUUUGUUUUGAAGCCAUCUCCGUUACUCCACAAAGACGAGAAGAAACUUCUGGAUGUAAUCACACCUGUGAAUGUGACUUUUCGUGUGAUAUGUGGACAGCAAUUACCGAAGGAUAUCAAUCAGGUCUCUGUGGAAAUAUACACACCGCGCUCAUUUAAUAAUGCACCAUUAAAGCAGUCAACUAAGACCUCUACAGAAGCCAUCAACCCUGUAUGGAAUGACGUACUGUCUUUCAGCGUCAAUGUGAGGGCUUCAAUGACAGAGCUAGUCGUUGUUAAGUUUAAUCUACAUAAUAGUCAGUCAGAGGACAUAAUAGCAAGCUACGCCAUAACGCUUGCAAACAUUCGACAAGGAUACCGCAACGUGCCACUCCAUGAUGCACAAUUGAACAAAAUAAUAUUCAGCAAAUUGUUCGUGUAUAAUAGCAUAAAGUAGAUGACUGAUGAGGUCAUUAAGAGGGCAGUGCGUGAGAUCGUAUAAAACUUCAAUAGUGUUUAUUUUUGUACAAUUUAUGCCUAGAUGGGUUACAUAAACUUACAUGAGUUGCUCACCUCACAGGCC